AUGACCGAUUCAGUUUCGGGGUCUUCACUCCUUCAGGCCCGAGACGUAGUUGAUUCUUCCCACCACCAAAAUUAUCACAACAACCACAUUCGUUCUCAUCACAACCACGAGAGGCUGCAUCAACGCCAGGCCGACGACAGCUCUUCCGUUGUCGACAGCGGCAGUAGUAACAGCGAUAGUGGCACCACCUCUGCAUCAGUCGUUCAUGUCAUUCAAACCGUUUCCGUCAUUCAAUACAUCGACUCAACCGGCGCAACUGUGAGCGCCACCACGCAAACCUCGGAGCCCACCACGACGCAAUUCACGGCGGAGCCCACCACGGUUGGGAUUGAGAGCGAGCCCGACGCCAUUAGUAGCAUUAUCAGUAGCACCAGCGCCAGCAGUACCAGCAGCACCGACAUCAUUGUCGACGCCAGCGCUACCGCUUCUUUUGGCAUCGAGAGCCUGCCCGACUCCACGACAUACUCCGCCGACGAUGCUGUCACAGUCAUAUCUUCUGUCUCUCCAGCGACCGCGUCCUCAGUAGACCCGGCGUCGGCAGUAGAAACUGCAUCAUCAUCAACAGAAUCAACUUCAUCCGCAGACGCUGCAUCCUCUUCCUCGAUGGUCUCUUCAUUUCCGACUGUCGAAUCUUUCGCUUCAAUUACUUCCACUCCCUUGUCCACUUCUGCAUUUCCCACUUUUACUGGCGUUGCAAACAGCACUACAACAGCUUCUUCUUCCGAGACAGCGUCAAGUUCCGCUUCUUCUACUUCAAAUGACACCUUGACAGCUGAGGCUUUUACUUCUUAUCUGACGACGUCUACACUCGCUCAUUCGUCUGGCACAAUUUUAUACAAUGACACUUACACCACAACGCUUGGUGUUUACUCAAGCUCUUCUUCAACAUUUGCUUCAAUAACCGGCACAGCGACCUCGACGAGGACCAGUGAUGGAAGCUCAGCGACCGGCUUGGGGUAUGGCGGCGACAACAGUGAUGGCAGCGGAAGCGCAGCCACUGGUGACUCUGCAGCGUCUGCAACUUCUACCAGCGAUUCUGGCUCAUCGUCCAACUCGAAUUCGAAUUCAGCAUCAGCAGGAACUGUCGCGGGGAGUGUUAUAGGUGCAGUCGCUGGCCUAGGUCUUAUUCUAAUCGCAGCUUUGAUGCUUCUUCGCUACAAGAAGCGUCAUGGAAUGCGACUCAGCGACGGAAAUGGCGGUCUUCCCGGGGCUGGUAACCGCGCCAUUGGCAAUGGUGGACCACCCAACUCGCCUGGUGGCGCGGGAGAGAUGUCCCAACGAUCAACUCCCUUUGCCGUUCAGUCAGCAUUGGCAAGUCUGACCGGUAAACGCAGUUCUCAGCGAACAAUUGCUUCAGGAAGCACGGAAAGAGGGUUCCAAAAGGUCUCAGGCAGGAAACUGCCCUCAGUUCUGCAGCACGGAGGUGAUGGAUAUUCUGAACCGUCCAAUGUGCGCGAUACAAUGUUGACCGAGGGAUCGUAUUAUCGCGACUCCCAAGGCUCUCUAGCAGGACCCGACAUGCCGAGACUGGCAGUAGGAUCACCAAUGCGUCCCGAAAGUGGCAUACCAGUCUUCCACGCCGGCCCAGCCCGGAUGCCAAUCACAGAGGCCUCAUAUUUCGCCGCGCCAAGUCUGUCACCACCUCCGCGGGAUCCCGUGGGCCGUUCCCAUGCCUCGGCGGAUGGCUCAUCUAUAUAUGAUCCCUCGCACGGCUCCGGCUCCAGAUUUACCGAAGAAAUAUGA